GAAAAUAAUAAGGAAAAGUUCACCAUUUAUAGUUUAAUGAAGUUGAAUUCAAAAACCCCCAACGGAAAAAUUUCCGCAUUGGUCUUCAAAGAUCGUAAAGUCGGCAUGUCCACCAAUUCGAAUUUUAUCAAAUUCCCCGUCAUAGUGGUCAGUUCAAGUGCUUAUCGCCUGUUUUAUUUUAUCAUAGUAUACCUUUUUGGUCCGUCUAGAGUCUAGACUCUAGAGUUUAGCUAAUUUUAUGGUUUGGUUAAGGCAGUCUAAUAGAAACCUAGGAGCAGUGCAGUAUUGCAAUUAUGGGUCACCGCGUGAAAAGGAUUAAUGAUCUGAUAACAGCAGAGCGAGUUGCUAUAUUUUUCGGUCUACUGUCCACCUGCUUGAUCGUGGCUCUUGUGAUAGUUAUAGUUCACAGGGAUAAUUUGUGGUCAGAACUGGAGGAGGCCAAACGCAAGUUGGACGUUCUCGAGGAUUAUAUACAAAAAAAAUUCCUAGCUGGCACUGCCUCAGGAUUUGUUUAAAAACUAUGGAAUGUUUAUAUUUUCUUUUUAAAAUAAAAAAGUAGUUGGGAAGUUUUUGAAAGCUUGCUAAUAAUCCCUCAUACACCCCAUUUCACAAUA